AUGCCAGUAGUAGUUGUUGUCUUUGCCGCCACGGCGCAACUACACUGGUUGUUAGUGGGAGCCGUGCGCAACACCACAAUGCCAGUAAUAUGCUUUGCCGCCACGGCGCAACUACACUGGUUGUUAGUGGGAGCCAUGCGCAACACCAUAAUGCCAGUAGUAGUUGUUGUCUUUGCCGCCACGGCGCAACUACACUGGCUAUUAGUGGGAGCCGUGCGCAACACCAUAAUGCCAGUAGUAGUUGUUGUCUUUGCCGCCACGGCGCAACUACACUGGCUAUUAGUGGGAGCCGUGCGCAACACCAUAAUGCCAGUGGUAGUUGUUGUCUUUGCCGUCACGGCGCAACUACACUGGUUGUUAGUGGGAGCCGUGCGCAACACCACAAUGCCAGUAAUAGUUGUUGUCUUUGCACACCACAGCCACUAUAUUAGUGAGCCGUGCGCAACACCACAAUGCCAGUAG